GAGCCUGUCCCUUGUAUCUGGCUGGACUCUUCUUUCCCCCCCUUCUUUCCUUGUUUCUCAACCACAAGUGUUCAAGACCCCCUUGUCUUUUUCCUCUUCUCAUUGAAGAAGGGUGAUACAAGCUUUUUUUCUUUGGCUUGUGUUGUUGCCUCUCAUUACAAUUUUACUUCUUCUUCUACUUGUCGUUCAUCAUAAAAACUAAACAAAACUAAAAGCACAAUGGCCUUCGGCAAGACUACCGGAGGCAACAGUGCCUACCACAACUACAACAAUGACUUUCUCCACGUCCAGGAUCUGAACGAGCGCCGCCGCCUGGCCCUUGCGGAGAUCGACAAGGCUCCUUUCGGCUGGUACCAUGUCCGUGCCAUCGUGGUCGCUGGUGUUGGUUUCUUCACGGACUCGUACGACAUCUUCACUGCCUCCAUGUUGACCAUUAUGCUGGGCAUCGUCUACUUCCCCGGUGUUGGUGUCAUGCCUACCUCCUCUGACAGCGCCAUCAAGCUCGCCACUUCUGCCGGUACCGUUAUUGGUCAGGUUGGAUUCGGUAUCAUGGCCGAUUUGGUCGGUCGUAAGCGCAUGUACGGUCUCGAACUCAUUGUCAUCAUCUUCGCUACCAUCGGUCAGGCCCUGACCAGCGGCUCCCCUGGUUGCGACAUCAUUGGCCUCAUCAUCUUCUGGCGUGUGAUUAUGGGUAUCGGUAUUGGUGGAGAUUACCCCCUUUCUUCCAUUAUUACCUCUGAGUUCGCUACUACCAGAUGGCGUGGAGCCAUGAUGAGCGCCGUCUUUGCCAUGCAGGGUCUCGGUCAGCUCACCGCUGCUCUUGUCAUGCUCUUCGUCACUCUCGGCUUCAAGGGCUCACUGUCCUCCGCCGCCAAGGUUGCUCAGUGCACUGGUGUUUGCCAGCUCGCUGUCGAUAAGAUGUGGCGUACCCUGAUCGGUCUCGGUGCCGUUCCCGCCUGCAUUGCCCUGUACUACCGUCUUACCAUCCCCGAAACUCCUCGUUAUACUUUCGAUAUCGCUCGUGAUGUCGAGCAGGCUGGCGAUGAUGUCGUUGCCUACGUUACUGGCAAGCGCGAGGGCCACCCCGACGAGAUUGCCCGCAUCACUGCCAACAAGGCUGCCAAGGAGAGCCUCCAGGUCCCCAAGGCCAGCUUCAAGGACUUCCUCGCCCACUACGGCAAGCUCAGGAACUUCCUCGUCCUGUUCGGCACUGCUGGUUCAUGGUUCUGCCUUGAUGUCGCCUUCUAUGGUCUUUCUUUGAACAACGCUACCAUCCUGAACGUCAUUGGUUACUCCACCAAGAACGCCCCCACCGUCUACGAGUACCUGUACAACACCGCUGUUGGUAACAUUGUCAUUGUCCUCGCUGGUGCCGUCCCUGGAUACUGGGUUUCUGUCGCUACCAUUGAUACUCUGGGCCGCAAGACCAUCCAGUUUGGUGGCUUCGCCAUCCUGACUAUUCUCUUCAUCGUCAUGGGUUUCGCCUACAACCACAUUAGCUCCAACGGCCUCCUUGCCAUCUACGUUAUCGCCCAGUUCUUCUUCAACUUUGGCCCCAACACCACCACCUUUGUCGUCCCCGGUGAGGUGUUCCCCACCCGUUACCGUUCCACCUCCCACGGUAUCUCCGCUGCCUCCGGCAAGAUCGGCUCCAUCAUCGGCCAGGGUGCCAUUGCUACCUUGCGCACUCGCGGCGCCACCAAGGACAACACUGCUCCUUGGAUGGACCACGUCCUGGAGAUCUACGCCCUCUUCAUGUUGCUCGGCUGCUUCACCACAAUCUUCAUCCCCGAAACCGCCCGCAAGACCCUUGAAGAGCUCAGCGGUGAGGAUGACUACGCCGUUACCCACCACGAUGACCCCGUCGUCCGCCCCGGCUCUGAGGUCGUCACCAUGAUCUCUGCCGAUGGCGAGUCUCCCAAGGCUCUUGCUUAAGAUAAAAAGUCUCGUGUGAUGAGGUUACGGCGUUUGAAGGCGAGUGGAGGUUUCUCUGGUUUCCUUUUUUUUUUCUUUUAUAUCUUAAUUGAGGCUCAUGAACCCUUACACGUGCAUAUGAGGUGUGGCCCGCAAAACGGUCUUUGUUGAUGAUACCACUCGCUAUACGCCGGCACGGUUAGCAAAUCAUUGGGACGCUUUAUUAAAUACUACCAAACAUAAAAACAAAAAUACCCUCUUUUUUAUAUAGUCAAUAUAUACAUAUAUACUUAUCUAAUACUAUCAUUCAUUCAUUCCCUUCUCA